GCCCCGGCCCCGCCCAGCGCCGCUGCUGCGCGCAGUGAGGGGUGGCUGGCGGAGGAGGGAGGCAUGGUGCGCUCGCUCAAUUCCAUCGUGGCCGUAUGUCAGAACAUGGGCAUCGGGAAGGACGGGAACCUGCCCUGGCCCCCGCUGAGGAAUGAGUACAAGUACUUCCAGAGAAUGACCAGCACCUCCCAUGUGGAAGGUAAACAGAAUGCAGUGAUAAUGGGUAAAAAAACCUGGUUCUCCAUUCCUGAGAAGAAUCGUCCUCUAAAAGACAGAAUUAAUAUAGUGCUCAGCAGGGAGCUCAAGGAAGCCCCAAAAGGAGCACAUUAUCUUUCUAAAAGCCUGGAUGAUGCCUUAGCUCUUUUGGAUUCACCAGAAUUAAAAAGUAAAGUAGACAUGGUUUGGAUUGUUGGAGGCACUGCAGUUUAUAAGGCAGCAAUGGAGAAGCCCAUUAAUCAUCGACUGUUUGUGACAAGAAUAUUGCAUGAAUUUGAAAGCGACACAUUCUUUCCAGAAAUCGACUACAAAGACUUCAAACUUCUCACGGAAUACCCAGGUGUCCCUGCUGAUAUUCAGGAAGAGAAUGGCAUCCAGUACAAAUUUGAAGUGUAUCAAAAAUCUGUCUUGGCACAAUAAAAACAAGGUUCUCUUUAGUUCUAUAUGCAACUGGGCAUUUUAAAUUAUGAAAUGUUAUUGAUUGAAAAUAUACAUUACAUACAUAUUACAUCACUGUGAGAAAAUCUAUUUGAUCGUGCAGUACCUCAACAAUGAAAGAUCCCAGAGAACACACCCCACAUUUUGAAUGUGUACCCUGCAGUGGAAGUAUGAGCGUGGUCAGCAGCAUUUGCAGCUCCCACUCUGACAGUGAAAACCUACAAGGAGGGGUCCUUACCUCUGUUUCAUUGCUGAUCAAUCUGAGAGCAGAAGAGGUUGAUGUUUUUGUUUUUUUUUUAGUUAUAACCCAAAACUUUGCUGUAUCCCCAAAGUAUUUCUAAAGCAUCAUAAAGCAUCAUCUUAUUAAGCAAUUUUGAGGGAAAUUCACGUAAUGUUGGCCUUAAUUGUUGCACUAAGUCUCCAUUCUAACAUCAGCAAGGGUUGCAGUGGACAAUUGCAAGUUUAUGCAAUUUAUGACUGUUCAACAGGGCAUAACAUUGGCCAGUUUUCUAUGAGAAGUUAAAACCUUCAUUUUGCAUGCUUUUGAAAAGCAAUAACGAAACCUCGUGUAUUAAGAGAAAAACACACAAAGUAUCAGCUUUAAACAGCUGUUGAAUUUCUCAUGGCAGUUCUACAGCAGUAAACUGUUGCAAAAAUAAUUUUUGUUGUCUCAGUUUUCUUUGUGUUCCUUUUUCAGUCUUAAAAAUGUAAGUACUUUGCUACACUGAUCUUCUUUUUCCAUAUGUACUUUUUACAUCAAUCAAUAAAGAUUUAAAUAUCAAUAUUA